CUAUGGAUAUCAGUUGCCAGAGAAACCUGGCUUUACUAUGGCGGUUGGAGGAGCAGCAGUGAUCACACGUCGGCUGCUGGAGAGAACUGGAUUCUCGUUUCAGGUCACCAUCAGAAAAGCUAAAUUUGCUAUACAGUAAGGAUCAGGAGAUCUGACCCUGGUUGCAGAACCUUUCCUGGUUGCAGAAUACAGGGUUGUAUUCCAACUUCAUCUUUCCAGACCAUCCUAGGAGAUUACUAGGAAUCCUUGGAAGGGAAAAAAGAACCAUUGUUGGUUGGACUAAAAACAGGGUUGAAUGAGUUCCAGAAAGCAGGCUUCUCAAACUCGUGGACAACAAUCUGCUGAAGAAGACAACUUUAAGAAACCAACUCGAAGCAAUAUGCAGAGAAGUAAGAUGAGAGGAGCUGCCUCAGGAAAGAAGUCAGCUGGUUCGCAGCCAAAGAAUCUUGAUCCAGCUCUGCCAGGUAGAUGGGGAGGUCGCUCUGCUGAGAACCCCCCUUCUGGUUCUGUGCGGAAGACAAGGAAGAACAAGCAGAAGGCUCCUGGCAACGGAGACGGCGGCAGUACCAGUGAAGUCCCCCAGCCCCCUCGGAAGAAAAGGGCACGGGCUGACCCCACUGUGGAGAGCGAGGAGGCGUUCAAGAGUAGGAUGGAGGUGAAGGUGAAGAUCCCUGAAGAAUUAAAACCAUGGCUGGUGGAGGACUGGGACUUAGUUACUAGACAGAAGCAGUUGUUCCAGCUCCCUGCUAAAAAGAAUGUAGAUGCUAUUCUUGAGGAGUAUGCCAAUUGCAAGAAAUCACAGGGAAAUGUUGAUAAUAAGGAGUAUGCGGUUAACGAAGUUGUAGGAGGGAUAAAAGAGUAUUUCAAUGUGAUGCUGGGCACUCAGCUGCUCUACAAGUUUGAAAGGCCUCAGUAUGCUGAGAUUCUGCUGGCUCACCCUGAUGCGCCAAUGUCGCAGAUCUAUGGGGCGCCACACCUGCUGAGAUUAUUCGUGAGAAUUGGGGCAAUGUUGGCCUAUACGCCCCUUGAUGAGAAAAGCCUCGCACUAUUGCUGGGCUAUCUGCAUGAUUUCCUUAAGUAUCUGGCAAAGAAUUCUGCCUCUCUGUUUACUGCCAGUGAUUACAAAGUGGCUUCUGCUGACUACCAUCGCAAAGCCCUGUGAAGGUCUACUGACCACUCACUAUUGUCUGGUAUCUGUAAACACUUCUGUUUAGUCCUUUCAUGGUAUAAUUGAUGUUCUUUAAAACUGUCAGUGUAAAACAGGGCUUAUGUUUCAGUUUGUUUUCCUGUUCUGUUGUAGACAGAAAAUAAAAGGAGUGCCCAGCUCCUUUCCUCAUUUCAAAGUUGCUACCAGUGUAUGCAGUAAUUAGACAAAGAAGAAAUUCAGUAGACCAUUUUAUUGCCUAGUUGACAACAUUGCUUGAAUGCUGGUGGUUCUAUCCCUUUGACACUACACAGUUUUCUAAUAUGUGUUAAUGCUACGUGAUGAAGAUGCCCUGGUUCCUAGUGCCAAAGGUUCAACUUAAUGUAUAUACCUGGAAACCCAUGCAUUUGUGCUUUUUUUUUUUUUUUUA